UAAUAACUAAUAGCUCAGAGAGGCAGGCAUCCCGGCAGACAAAUAGAUAUAAACAAACAGAAAUAGAUACAAAUACUCACAGUGUUUUAGACAGACGGCCGAGCAGUUAGUUGGAUUACCAGUUUCUCUGCUGAGAAAAAAGUAGCAGCUUAAAGCUGGAAAAAUUAUAUAUUUAAAACAACAACAACAACAGCAACAACAAACUUUCAUCCAAAAAACACUUCUGACAUCAUGGCUAAACCUACAUACCGACCAAAGACUGAAGUAGAUGGAAAAGAUAAGGAAAUUAGUGGUAAUUUAUUGAUGCCUUCAGACGAAAAGAAGAUAUACAAACUGCCACUACAACACAAGAAAUUGAUAACUAUGAGAAACCUAGGAAAAUCUGGAUUACGAGUGUCAAAUGUUGGAUUUGGUACCUGGGUAACAUUUGGUGCACAAGUUACAGACGAAGUUGCUGAAGACAUGUUAACGCUAGCCUAUGAGAGUGGAAUCAACAUAUUUGAUACUGCUGAAGUAUAUUCAGGUGGCAAGGCUGAAAUAUCUUUAGGCAAAAUUCUGAAAAAGAAAAACUGGAGACGUUCCAGUUAUAUUAUAUCAACCAAGAUUCAUUGGAGUGCCAAUCGUGCCGAAACAGAAAAAGGCCUCUCUCGUAAACAUAUCAUUGAAGGUUUGAAAGGAUCACUAGAUCGUCUGCAGCUAUCUUAUGUUGAUAUAGUUUUUGCCAAUAAACCCAGUGCACAAACACCAAUGGAAGAAAUCGUCCGUGCCUUCACUUUUGUCAUCAAUCAGGGUUGGGCUAUGUACUGGGGUACCUCCCGUUGGACGCCCACAGAGAUCAUGGAAAGUUAUGCUGUGGCACGCCAGUUCAACCUGAUCCCACCAACUGCUGAACAAGCUGAAUAUAACAUGUUUCAUCGAGAUAAAGUUGAGCUUCACAUGCAUGAGAUCUACACUAAAAUUGGCGUUGGAACAAUUUGCUGGUCCCCAUUAGCAUCAGGAAUUCUUUCAGGGAAGUAUGACGAUGGAGUACCGAUCUAUUCUCGUGCUGCCCUAAAGAAUUACGGAUGGCUGAAAGAUAAAAUUCUCAGUGAGGAGGGCCGCAAACAGCAAGCACGUCUAAGAGAAGUGGCAGUCGUUGCUGAUAGAUUAGGUUGCUCAUUAGCUCAACUGGCAAUAGCCUGGUGUCUGAGACAGGAAGCCAUUCAUUGUGUUUUACUUGGAGCUACAUCAGUUGACCAACUUUAUGAAAAUCUCCAAGCUCUGCAGUAUGUUCCAAAACUAACACCAUCAUUGAUGAAUGAAUUGGACAAAUUACUUGGCAACAAACCUCUUUCACGCAAGGAGCAUCCACCCAGGGUCAUUAACAAUCCACGCUUGAGGAAGUGGCUCAACGAGAUUGAAUAUUUCAAUACUAGUUUCAUUCUCUCAGAACAUGAAUGAAGUCCACAUAAUCUUCCAUCUCCACUGAGCAUCGUUUGAUUAACUUCACUCAGUGUUUCUGAAAACACAUUAAUAUGAUACACUCACACACAUACAAAUCUAGUACACACACUCACAUGAACACACAC